AUGGCGCAGCAGCAGCCAUUGACCUCGGCGACGCAGCCGACGGACGUCUACGGCGGAGAUGAGGUCUCCGCUCUUGUGCUCGACCCCGGCUACUGCCACACCCGCGCCGGCUUUGCGGGCGAGGACGUCCCCAAGAUCGUGGUGCCGUCCUUUUACGCCCACUUCCCGGCGACCGAGGGCGCCAGCGCCAAGCCCGCCCGCGACCUGUUUGGCGACGAGAGCCUGUUUCCGCGCGAGGGCCUCGAGGUCCGCAACUACAUGAACCGCGACAGCGUCGUGGAGGACUGGGACGCCGGCGUCAAGCUGUGGGAGCACGUUCUGGUGGGCCGCCUGCAGCCGGUGCGGCCGACGGAGCCGCGGCCCAGCAAGAAGGAGGCCAGUGGCGGCGAGGGCGUCGAGGGCAACGAGGGUGACGACGACGCCAUGGACCUGGACGCCGACACGGAUGCCGUCGAUGCCCAGGAGAAGCCGCUGGCCGAGAACCCGCUGCUGAUGACCGAGGCGCCGUGGAACAACGCCAAGGCCCGCGAGCGCGCGAUUGAGAUUGCCAUGGAGAACUGGGGCACGCCGGCCUUUUGGCUGAGCCGCACGCCCGUGCUGGCCGCCUUUGCCGCCGGCAAGGCCUCGGCCCUCGUCAUCGACGUCGGCGGCGCCGGCACCAACGUGACGGCCGUCCACGACGGCGUCGUCCUGCGCCGCUCGGUGCAGCGCUCUGCCGCCGGCGGCCUGUACCUGUCGGGCCAGAUCCGCGAGAUGUGGAAGGCCCAGGCCGAGCCGGCCAUCCACGUCGUGCCCACGUUCAUGGUCGAGAACAAGACGCCCGUCGACGCCGGCGCGCCCGCCCAGGCCCGCCUGCGCACCUUUCCCUUUGCGGUGCAGCCGUCGUUCCGCGCCUACGAGGAGGAGCGGCUGCUGACCGAGUUCAAGGAGUCGGUCGUGGAGGUCUGGCGCGGCCCGGGCCGCUUCUCGACUCCCGGCACCGAGGACUUUGUCAAGGCGCAGCCCGGCCGCGUCUUUGAGAUGCCCGACGGCUACAACCAGAUGUGGCGCGAGCAGCGGUACCGCGCCGCCGAGGGCAUGUGGGACGACACCGCCGCGUUCCCCUCGACGCUGGCGGCAGCGGCGGCUGCCACGGCGGCGUCGGCGUCCGGCACCGAGGAUGCCGCCGCGUCGGCCGCCGCCGCCGCGACGCUCGCCACGUCCUCGUCGCUGCUCGCGGCGUCGACGCCCACGCUCGCCAAGAACCAGACGAUCCCCGAGCUCGUGCGCGCGGCCGUCAACAGCGUCGACGUCGACCUGCGGCCCCUGCUGCUCGGCAACGUCGUCGUCACCGGCAGCACGAGCCUGCUGAACGGCUUCAACGACCGUCUCAACAACGAGCUGACGGCCAUGUGGCCCGGCGUCAAGAUCAAGAUCCACGCCGCUGGUCUGACGAGCGAGCGCCGUUUCGGCGCCUGGAUCGGCGGCAGCAUCCUGGCCAGCCUGGGCACCUUCCACCAGAUGUGGAUUUCGCGCGCCGAGUACGACGAGAACGGUGCGGGCAUUGUCGACAAGCGGUGCAAGUAA